AGUCGGCGCCGCCCGGAGCCGGGAGCGCGGCCGGAGCGAGGCGCGGGCUGUGGGGCCGCCGGCUGUGGGGCCGCCGCGUGCCCGGCCCCGCUCGCCCGUGCCCGCCCGCCAUGCCCGGCUUCGACUACAAGUUCCUGGAGAAGCCCAAGCGGCGGCUGCUGUGCCCGCUGUGCGGAAAGCCCAUGCGUGAACCCGUGCAGGUUUCCACCUGCGGCCACCGCUUCUGCGACACCUGCCUACAGGAGUUCCUCAGUGAAGGAGUCUUCAAAUGCCCUGAGGACCAGCUUCCUCUAGAUUAUGCCAAGAUCUAUCCUGACCCGGAGCUGGAAGUCCAGGUGCUGGGCCUGCCGAUCCGCUGCAUCCACAGUGAAGAAGGCUGCCGCUGGAGUGGGCCACUCCGCCAUCUACAGGGCCACCUGAAUACCUGCAGCUUCAACGUAGUCCCCUGCCCCAAUCGCUGCCCGGCCAAGCUGAGCCGCCGCGACCUGCCUGCGCACCUGCAGCACGACUGCCCCAAGCGGCGCCUCAAGUGCGAGUUCUGUGGCUGUGACUUCAGUGGGGAGGCCUAUGAGAGCCACGAGGGCAUGUGCCCCCAGGAAAGCGUCUACUGUGAGAACAAGUGCGGUUCUCGCAUGAUGCGACGGCUGCUGGCCCAGCAUGCCACCUCAGAGUGCCCCAAGCGCACGCAACCGUGCACCUACUGCGCCAAGGAGUUUGUCUUUGAUACCAUCCAGAGCCACCAGUACCAGUGCCCACGGCUGCCUGUCCCCUGCCCCAAUCAGUGCGGUGUGGGUACCGUGGCUCGAGAGGACCUGCCAGCCCAUCUGAAGGACAGCUGCAGCACUGCCUUGGUGUUGUGCCCAUUCAAAGACUCCGGCUGCAAGCACAGGUGCCCUAAGCUGGCAAUGGCACGGCACGUGGAGGAGAGCGUGAAGCCACACCUGGCCAUGAUGUGUGCUCUGGUGAGCCGGCAACGGCAGGAGCUGCAGGAGCUGCGGCGGGAGCUGGAGGAGCUCUCUGUGGGUAGCGAUGGUGUGCUCAUCUGGAAGAUCAGCAGCUAUGGGCGGCGGCUCCAGGAGGCCAAGGCCAAGCCCAACCUCGAGUGCUUCAGCCCAGCCUUCUACACACAUAAGUACGGUUACAAGCUGCAGGUGUCUGCGUUCCUUAAUGGCAAUGGCAGUGGUGAGGGCACACACCUCUCGCUCUACAUCCGUGUCCUGCCAGGCGCCUUUGACAAUCUCCUCGAGUGGCCCUUUGCCCGCCGUGUCACCUUCUCCCUGCUGGAUCAGAGUGACCCUGGACUGGCUAAGCCACAGCAUGUCACGGAGACCUUCCACCCUGACCCAAACUGGAAGAACUUCCAGAAGCCAGGCACGUGGCGUGGCUCUCUGGAUGAGAGCUCUCUGGGCUUUGGGUACCCCAAGUUCAUCUCCCACCAGGACAUCCGGAAACGAAACUACGUGCGGGAUGAUGCAGUCUUCAUCCGUGCCUCUGUUGAACUUCCCAGGAAGAUCCUCAGCUGAGUGCAGAGCCCGCAGGGCUCUAGGGGAGCGGGGGAUGAGAAGGGGACCCCAGCAGGCACUGGCCGAACCUGGACAGGGGGCCGGACCCUCUUUCAGCUGCUUCUGCUACCCCUUCUCCCCCUACCCACCACCCUCAGGUGCCUCCAAUUGGUGCUUCAGCCCUGGCCCCUGUGGGAAGCAGGUCUUGGGUCAUUAAGGGCUGGAAACGUGAUCCCAGGGCCUGCCUCCCCUCUGGGGCAGGGCAGACAUGCCUUGGUGCCAGCCACACUAUCUGGACUGAGGUGCCUGCUCAGGUGCUACCCCAAGAGCCAUAAGGGGAGGAGUAAUGGGAAAAGGGAGGGGGGUUAAAAAUCUGUCCUGAGAUUGGAUUUUGGAUUUCUCUCCCCCAGCUGUGCCCCUUCUGGUUAUUUAUUUCCUUAGUGCCAGGAGGGCACAGCAGGGGAGCCUUGAUUUUUAAUAAAUCCUGAAUUGUAUUUAUUAA